AUGUCUUUUGUUAUUGAGAUUUUGUCUACCGACUAUGGCACGACCUACACCAAACUCAACCUGAUGCCAGGGACACCCAUCGUGGUGACCAGCUUCUACAUCUGCCCGACCAACAAGAAAAAGGUCGUGCUGGUAGGUUCAUCCAUAAAUGAAAGGGAUAAGAUGCUGUUUAUCAGCACGGACGAAGGUUCCUCCUUCCAGCGACAGUCCAUCUCCUUCACCCCGGACACGCUCAUUUUCCACCCCAAGGAAGAAGACAAGCUCGUGGCCUACUGCAAGGAGGGCAGGCUCUUUGCUUCCACAGACCUGGGCCGCAAGUGGACUUUGCUUCAGGAGCGGGUGACCAAGGACAGAGUCUUCUGGUCAGUAUCUGGUGUGGAUGUGGACCCUGAUCUGGUGCACAUGGAAAUGCAAGAUACGAGUGGAGGUUACCUGUACGUUACCUGUCUCAUCCAGAACUGUUCGGAUAAAAUGGUGACUGCUCAGUUCCUCGGCAAAAUCGACCACAACUCCCUGCUGGUGCAGGACGACUACAUAUUUGUCAAGGUGACCACAGGGAAUCGCACCAGGCACUAUGUGUCCUAUCGGCGGAACGAGUUUGUCCAGAUGAGGUUUCCCAAGUACGCUUUGCCAAAGGAUGUUCAGAUAGUGAGUACGGACGAGAACCAGGUCUUCCUGGCCCUCCAGGAGUGGUACCAGUCAGACACAUAUAACCUGUACCAGUCGGACUCCCAGGGUGUCUACUAUUCCAUCGUCCUGGAAAAUGUUCGCAGCACCAAGCAGCCAGAGGAGAAUGUCCUCAUCGACGUUCUUGAGGUACGUGGAAUCAAAGGAGUCUUCCUGGCCAAUCAGAAGAUCGAUGGCAAGGUGACAACUCUCAUCACCUAUAACAAAGGACGAGACUGGGAACCCUUGGCCCCACCCACUACUGACAUGAAUGGCAAGCCAAUCAGCUGCAAGGCGCCCGACUGUCACCUCCACCUCCACCUGCGCUGGGCGGACAACCCCUAUGUGUCUGGGACUGUCCACACCAAAGACUCUGCUCCAGGUCUCAUCAUGGGUGCUGGUAACCUUGGUUCCAAGCUAGUGGAGUAUAAGGAAGAGAUGUACAUCACUUCAGACUGCGGGAAGACGUGGAGACAGGUUUUCGAGGAGGAGCAUCACAUCCUGUACCUGGACCAUGGUGGGGUCAUUGUUGCCAUCAAGGACACCUCUAUUCCCCUCAAGAUCCUCAAGUUUAGUAUCGAUGAAGGAAGGACGUGGACCAUUCACAACUUCACCAGCACCUCUGUGUUUGUCGAUGGACUCCUGAGCGAGCCAGGAGACGAGACCCUGGUUAUGACUGUCUUUGGCCACAUCAGCUACAGGUCAGACUGGGAGCUGGUCAAAGUGGACUUCAGGCAGUCUUUCCCCCGUCAGUGUACUGAGGCUGACUACGACUCCUGGCAGCUCACAGACCUGCAGGGACAGAAGUGCAUUAUGGGCCAGGAGCGAAGUUUCAGGAAAAGGAAGGACACAGCAUUCUGCAUCAAAGGAAAAAGCUACACCUCAGCCCUCACCACCAAACCCUGUCACUGCACCGAGAAAGACUUCAACUGUGACUAUGGUUUUGAAAGGUCCCACAUGGAGGGCAAUCGCUGCUUCGCUGACUUCUGGCACGAUCCCGAUUCACCACCCGAAGACUGCCACCGAGGGCAAACCUACGAGUCCAGCACUGGUUACAGGAAGGUGAUAUCUAACCUGUGUGAAGGGGGGCUAAACAAGCAGCAGAGCGGCAAACAGCACAAUUGCCCCCUGCUGCCCCCUAAAGGGUUACAGGUCGGCAUCAAAGGGCAGAUGUUGGCCGUGGCGCCUGGUGAUGACAUCACAUUCAUUAUCCACCAGGAACAGGGCGACACUAGCAGCACCAAGUACCAGGUGGACCUCGGCGAUGGGGUUCGAGCCAUCUACCAGAACCUGACGGUGACAGAUGAACCCAUUCAGCAUCGCUACGAAAAUCCGGGCGUAUACAAGGUCACGGUGAAGGCCGAGAACAUGGCAGGACACGACGAGGCCACCAUGUACAUCCAGGUCACAGCCCCUCUACAGGAAGUGCACCUGGAAGUGGUUCCCAUUGCUGGGAGAAACCAUGACGUUAAUCUGACAGCUAUAGUUCUUCCCACUGAGGCCAACCUGACCGUCUUCUACUGGUGGAUAGGAGACAACCUGCGGCCUUCGCUGACUCUGCAGAACAACCUUCUGACUCGUUUCCCCGAGACGGGAGAAGUUUCAGUCACCGUCCAGGUUUCUAACGGACGAUCCAUGGUGCAGGAUACCAGGAUAGUCCGAGUCUACGAUAACUUCCAGGUCAUCCCUCUGAGCUUCAGCCCACACCUGGACCGCUUCAACCCAAACAUCCCGGAGUGGAGAGAGGACAUUGGCCAGGUGGUCAACAAAAUACUUGCUAAGAUCACAGGUGUCCCUCAGGAGUCCCUGGUCACGGUGGUGAAGCCGGGCCUCCCGACCACUGCUGACCUGUACGUCCUCCCGCUCGACAGCCAACCUGCCAAGAGGAGCGUGUUUGUUGAUAAGCGUAUUCCGGCCAUCAUGCAGGCCUUCAACGACAAUAAUGUCAGCUUCGUGGUGCGAGGAGGUCUACAAGUGCUGGUGAUGCUGGCUGACCCUAACGCAGGUCAAGGUCUAAUUUCUAACGACUCAACAGCUGCAGCAGCAGAGACUGGCUACCAUGGAGCUGCUGGUGGUCCAGGUGUUUGGGCUCUAGCGGUCAUUUUCCUAAUCAGCAUCAUCGCCACUGGCUCCUUCAUCCUCUACAAGUUCAAAAGGAAGCUUCCUGGCAGUCGCAACGUCUACGCCCAGAUGCACAACGAGAAGGAGCAGGAGAUGACCAGCCCCGUCAACCACAGCGAGGACACCCAGCACAUCAUCCAGGGCGAGGAGUUCAUCGACGACGACCUGGACUCGCAGACUCUAGGUAACGCAGGAGGCAACCAUUCAGGUGUGGUCCUGAGCAUCAACUCCAGAGAACUACACAGUUACCUGACCAGCUGAUGGCUGCCUUGGCAACGCUAUCGAGCUAGCCUAGCCUAGCCUAGCCUAGCCUAGCUGGCUAACGAGCACAGGGACUCCACUCUGCCUUCCUCCUUCUCCUUUUCCUUCUCCUCUUCCUCGAACACUUCACCUCCACUCCAUGGCCUCCUCAAUUCUUCAGCUCCAGCUCUGGUGUGGGAUUUGUUAUUGGUUUUUUGUUUUGUGGGUGGAGGGGAUUUCUUCCUGCUAGGGGACGGGAGGCACUCUGCUUUACCUUAUGUAUUUGACAUCGCUGCCAACCCCCAUCCCCUCUUCACUUCGUCCACCGGCCCUGGAGACCUGCACUGACCCUCCCCCCACUCCCGGUGAGGAUGGAGGACACUCACCCGUCUGUGUGUUGAAAACAAAAUCUGUCUGUAUGUUGUCUGUCACUUGUAGACGCUCACAAUCAGCAAGCAUGACUCGGUGCACUGGUCUCCAGUGACAGUCACGGUCAGAGAGGGUUGAACCAUCCAUGUAUCCACUGAAGGUAGUUAGUGGCCAAAGACCGGUGUGCUAAGAUGAUUUCCAAGCACUAAGGGAAGUGUGCAUUAAGCUAGUGAAGUCCAUUUAAAGACAAAUAUAUUUUUACUCUUCCCCCCGCUUGUUUUAUUCACUCUGUUUCCUACAAUUACAAGACACUCUCUUCACAGGCAAUAAUAUUAUCUCAAUGGAAUGUAGGAUAUGAUAAACCCUCGUGAAUUUGCAUAUGACAAGUGUACGCAUGCAACCACAAGAGGGCAGUGUUGCACUUUCUUAAAUUCCCACUCACAGGUACUUGGGAGCUCAGAUUCUUUGGAAAAUACUGUAUGUUCACACAGCAUUGUUCAUUUUAUAAAAGCCCGCUCCAUUCAUAUCCUUGUAUUCUUGUUUAUAACUCACACAUUUACAGACGUUUGUCGAGUGGUGUUUAGAAUCAGCACCACCUUUUGUAGGAGUUCAUCGUCUGUCCCAUGGUGCCUAAAACAGCAGAUGUGAAUCUGCUCAGUGACAUUAACUGUCGUGGAGUUUAUUUGUUUCUAAUAACAGUACACCCCUUCGUCCUCGUCCUCCUCCUCCUCACCCCCACUCUUUCUGGGUGAGGGGUCAAAGCGAACUCGUUCCCCAUGGAGACAAAGGUCGGCGUCAUGGUGGGAAGGUGUAGUUGAUAUGUUUUACUGUAUCAGCCUAUAUUAGGCGUAGCCCGCGGUGGAAUCAUGUCUCCUUAAAGGUUUGGUUUGUUGUAUGUAAAUGUGUAAAUAUGAACAAUCUCCACUUUGUACAUAUUCCCUUUGACAUGUGUGUGUGUGUGUGUGUGUGUGAGUGUUUUACACUACUACCAAAAUACACAGCAAUUCUCUUUCCGGAGCGACCUUCACUGAGUUUCCUGAAAAAUCUUUUUCUAGUUUCUGCAACGACAUUGCCUGCUUCACAUGUAUCCAUCUUCAAUACUCUCAGUGUAAUCUCAUUUUAUGGCCUCCAUUGUUAACUGGAAAGAAUUUCAUCGUCUUCUAAAGAUACUCACAGCUACACAGUGAUGACUAUGUAUGUGGAUAUUUUUGACACACUUUUCUCUCACUACGUGUGAACACUGGUUAUUGUUUCGGUCGCCUCUUUGUUAGUUUGAUUGCACUAAUGAUGUAAGCAGUGGGGACAAAACACACGGGACAGCAGCUGAACAAGUCUACAGACUGGAUCAAAUGGAUGAAAGGCCUUUAUUGACAACCAAUGCUACCAUUACACUUGGUUAGUCUUGUGUUUGAUACCAACAGCAGACCAUAUUCAUUCAUUCUAAUUUAGACCUUAAUUCAUCUUUUGUACAUAUUCUGCUCAUGUUCAAUUUGUUCUUAGUUUUUCUAGUGAUGUGUCGUCAUUGUAUCACUCUCGCCUUUAACAAAGGGGGGAAUUGUGAUAUUCCAAUAUAAUAGUGAAGAAGUUUCACAGCUAAUGGCACCGACCAUGUAAUUUUGAACACACUGUUUUUCUUUUAUUCUUUUUCUCUUUCUGAUGAUUUGUUUGAUCUAUUGAUUUUGCUAUUAAAAAAAAUUGUGUGUCCUCACCAGGAAGCGUAGUUCACUCAACCUGCAUCCUGGAAUAAACCACUCCCAUAACUUGUA